AACAAGUCUGUUACAUAAUGAGAACUUGUUUCUGCUAGAUUGUUGACUCAUCCCGGGCUCUCUCGAUGCAGCGAAUAUAUUUGCCAUGCAAUGUUGUUUGUAAUUUGAUGGCACAUUACAACCAAGCACAUAUUUACAUAUUUUCUAGCCCUGAGAGAGUAGGUCAUAUUGGAUAGCUCAUACUUCCAAAGGCCUUUGGACAAGGACAACAUCUUUCUUUCUCAAUUUCUCUUUCUCAAUCAGUGAUAAACAAGGCAUUAUCAUUUCCAGUAUUCCACUCAUGUGCCUCUUUGCCCAUUUUUGGCAGCAACCUCCGGGGCUGAGAGAUGAAGCCCAUGUGGAAGUGCAAAAUAUUAAAGUUCCUCGAGUGGCCGCUUGAGGCUGGCUGCAAAAGGGAGCAAAUCGCCAUCGACUACCAUGUUAAAAUGUCCAACUUUACAGCAUUAUUAAACAUCCAAGCUACAACGUCCAGGCUGCUUUAGCUCCACCCCAACACGACCCCCAUGUCCAUAUUUGGUGUAUCCGAAUGUGGGUGGAGUAAAGCUUGUCCAACAUGGCAACCAUGGGCUCUGCCCACAUCAGGCUACAUUUUCGAGGUUCAGAAUCCAAUGGGUGGCGUCAUGAUGGGUUUGUCCAUAGUAUAGAGGGUAUCCAUUGCAGCCUGGGGCCACGUCUUCUUGAGUGGCAAAAACACAGUGAAAUGUAUUGGUAAAUACAGUGAGACCAGGAAAAAUGUGGAUUAUCAGAUCAAAUUCAGGACAGCUGGGCAUGACAAUAAUCCAUAUGAACUAGUAUGGAUGUGGAAAAGUGGAUUAUCCUCAAUUUCAGUUAAUUUAUGUUAGUUUUAGGUAAUUUCAUUAUGAUAAAUGUAGCUAAAUGAAAGAUGAUAAUGCUAAGAGCUAAGUAACGCUAAAAACUGCUUUUUGGGAAUCCAAGAGUGAUGUCAAAGAGGGUUUUUCCAACUUUAUGUGUGUCUUUAUAUACAUUUAGAUGCCAGUUCAUUAGGUACACUAGUGAAAAGGAUGCUUGUGAUAUAAUCUAUAUAUGUCUAUAUAUCCAUCUACAUAUAUAUCUAAACUAAAUCUCAUCUUCAUGGCUGUUCUAAUGUUCUGUUUAUGUUGUAGUCUGCAGUGGUGUUAAGAUGGAUUGAAUUAAGCAUUGAAGUGCUUGCAUGAUUUAGCGAAGUCCAUUGACUAAAAUGGGGUUGUUAAAAUAAUAAAAACACUCGUCAGUACAACACAAUGCAUUUAAGUAGUACUAUAAACUGCAGACUACAACAUAAAAGUUGAAUCAACAGCUCUCUCAGUUAUUUGAACCUAAUGCUGAAUACAUUAACCUUUGUGAAGCUGACAUGUAGUGCCAGAUUGUUACAUUAGACUGCAUUUGCACUAGCAUACCUAAUGAACUAGCAGAAUUCAGAUUUUAAAUGAGCUUGUAGCCCAUCUUACUCUUAGUGUGCUCAUUUCCAUGUUAUUCAAGUCCCUAUUUUGUCAGUUUAACUCUAUCAUGUGAGCUAACUUGCACAUAGUAUUUACUGUACGUGGCAGCAACAAGCGCAGUUUUCUGCUACUAUUAUGGAUUCAUCAGGUUACAGAGAUAAUGUUUCAGGAAGUGAUUCAGAUACUACGUUAAAGCUCCGCCCUUGACCUGGAAACCUCAAACAAACCAGGAAGCACAGGCUAUAACUGCUUCUGACAGAGAGUGAGACACUGAUAUACCGACAGAUGACUUACAGAGAGAAAAAAAACAACAACUACAGUAUUAGAGAGUCUGAGAAAACUGAGAUCUCGCCAGUUUAACAGAGGAAAAUGGCGUCAUGUUCAGAGGAGGAUCUGUGCUGUUCUAUUUGCCAUGACAUCUAUAAAGAGCCUGUCGUCCUAUCAUGUAGCCACAGCUUCUGUAAAGCCUGCCUGCACAAUUGGUGGGCAGAGGAACAUAGCCAAAAGUGUCCAUUCUGUAUGAGAAGGUCAUCAAAGAGUCAACCACCUUGUAACUUGGUGCUAAAGAACCUGUGUGAGGCCUUCUUAAUGAAGAGAGAUCAGAGCGCUUCACCUGGCUCUGAGGCUGUCUGCAGCCUGCACUCUGAGAGACUCAGACUGUUCUGUCUGGAUCAUCAGCAGCCAGUUUGUCUCAUUUGCAGAGACUCUAAGAAACAUGUCAACCAUACCUUCAGACCCAUUGAUGAAGCUGCACAGGAUUUUAAAGAGGAAAUUGAAAAGGUCCUGAGACCAGUACAGAACAAACUGGAAGACUUUGGGGAGGUGAAAGAGAAGUGGGAGCAAACAGUAGAAUACAUCAAGGCCCAGGCUCAAAACACAGAGAGGCAGAUUAAGGAGCAGUUUAAGAAGAUUCAUUGGUUUCUAGAAGAGGAAGAAAAGGCCAGGAUCACCGCUUUGAAGAAAGAAGAGGAGCAGAAGAGUUUGAUGAUGAAGGAGAAGAUUAUGGCUCUGAACAGAGAGAUAGAACGUCUUUCAGAGACGGUCAGAGCCACAGAGAAGGAGCUGAGAGCUGAAGACGUCUCAUUCCUCGUAAACUACAAGGCUGCAGUGGAAAGAGUUCAGCAGUGCCCCCUGCUGGAUGUCCCACAGCUGCCCUCAGGGUCUCUGAUAGAUGUGGCCAAACACCUGGGCAACCUGACCUUCAACAUUUGGAACCAGAUGAAGGAGAUGGUCUCAUAUACUCCCCUAAUUCUGGAUCCAAACACUGCUUAUCAAGAUCUAAUCCUGUCGGAUAAUCUCACCAGUGUGAGAUAUGAAGAAAAGGUGCAGGUUCCUGAUAAUCCAGAAAGAUUUGAUGAUGACUGCUCUGUCCUGAGCUCUGAGGGCUUCAGCUCAGGAACUCACAGCUGGGAUGUUGAGGUUGGAGACAACACAUGGUGGGUCGUUGGAGUGUUGGAAGAUUCCAUCCACAGAAAAGGAGUCAUUGACUCUGGACUGUGGAGAAUACAGUUAUUUACCAAGGAAUACACGGCAUACUCCCCAUCAGGUGAAGGCUCUGACCUCUCAGUGAUCGGACAGCCUCAGAGGAUCAGAGUGUAUCUGGACUGGGACAGAGGGAAGUUGUCAUUCUCUGAUCCUGACACCAACACACACAUACACACCUUCACACACACUUUCACUCACAAGAUGUUUCCAUAUAUUUCUACUAUAGAAGCACCUCCAAUCAAGAUAUUACCAGUGAAGGUUUCAGUGGCAGUGGACCAGUGAAGGUGGAGAUAUGUCUCUAGAACAUUAUAGGCACAUCAUACACAUGAUUGAGUUGGGUUGACAAGGAGCCCAAAUGCAUAGAUGUUGACAUUUACAGAAAAAUUGCCAAGCCUUAAAUUGUGUAAUGGUAAUGGUGGCUGUUCAAUGUAAUAUUUCUACGGCAUUAGCAAAUUUCAUUCUCAGUCACACAAUCUGAACAAUAAAACUGAAAAACAUAUGCAGUAAAUGUGACAACAGCCUAAUUGUGAAGUCUACUGCAUAAAGUAGACAUUAGGCCUUUUAGUGUUUAGAAAUGAUUCUGCAGCCUGUCAUGAGGGCCAGCCACAAAUCUUUUCCGAUGAUGCAGGUUUUGAUGUUCAUGAAAUCAGGACACCUUAAGUGGCUGAGAAAUUAGUUAACCUGGUGUAUUAGUAAAUGGUGAUUCAAAUGAAUGAAGUGACUGAGUCAAGUGGUGUUAAAUUUGACUUAGGAAAUAUAUUAAAAAGUUAAGGUUAAGUUUCUCUUGUCUAACUUCCGACACAUUCAGUAAAAUUGGCAAAAAUCACAGUGUGGGUAGACCCAGAGAUGAUCAGGGGAACCUGCUCCCUCUAAGACCGAGUUCUUAAUACAUCCUGGAACUCAAUAUGUUACUACUACUUACCACAGCUUAGUCAUACACGCAUAAACAUUGCCACAGACAAUGCCAAAAAAAAAAAAAUCCUAAUUUCUCCACUAAGGGUUGCAUGAUUUUAGUAAAAGUUGCGGAUCCAACAUCAACACUGAGACUCAGACUUAAUCAGCAGAUGCAAUUUGCUGAUAUUGCAUUUUAAUUUUUGUUUUUGCACAUUUUCAUGAUUUUUUCUUCAUCUCAGUUCAUUCAUAAAAUAUUUGUAAAGGGAUAGUUCAUUUAAUGUAAAUAUUUUCAUAAUGUACUGUUUUUCACACUAAAACAAAAGGGGGAAACAUUUGGAGUUAUUUGGAGGCUAUUAUGCUAUUAUGACACUGGUCUGGCCUGCUUGGGAUCCAGCUGGGCUGUAUGUGGAACCUAAACUAUAAUGGGUUUGACACCCUUGCUUUUGGCCUUAUCUACAACUAGAUGCUGAAAAAAUAGAAAAAAACAUACAUGUACUUAAUGUAAUGAUUCUCACACUCCAGCUGCUUUCCCAGGGGUCUCAUGAUAGCCCAUCCUCAUGCAGACUUUAAAUAUGGUUAAAAACUAUUAAGGUACGCUAUUUGUUCCUGAAUGAUGUGUUAUUCUCAUUUUAACCUUGUAUUGUACUGGAUAAUGGUCAUGAAACAUUUUUCUGUUUUUCUUCAUGUAAGCAAGUGCAAAUCAUUGGUUCUCCAAACAAAAUACGUUUGGCUGAACAUUUGGUGAGAUAAAUGAAAUGCAUGAUUAAAAGUGGUUUUAAAGACA